AUGUUCUGCACCACGCGAUGCCUUCGGACUGCGCUUCGGGCGAUAGCACGCACGCACAGACAGGAUAACCAUCUGCAGCCUUCUACCCUUUUGGCGUAUAGACUACUGAGGACUAGUUCAAUUAAUCAUGUAGAAGCCAUAGCCACCGCUCCUCUAGACGGCGCACCCAAACAAUACUCUCCAAAAAUUCAACAGCUUGUCAACGACAUCGCAAGUCUCACUUUGUUGGAGGUCUCAGACCUCAACGAUCUUCUCAAGAAAAAAUUAAACAUUCAAGAUGUUGGAAUGAUGCCGAUGGGUGCAAUGGCUGGAGCAGCAGUACCUGCAGCUCAGGCUGCAGAAGAGGAUGAUGCACCAGCCAAGAAAGAGAAGACUCACUUCACAGUAAAACUGACAGAGCUCAAAGCAGCUGAAAAAGUGAAGCUUAUAAAAGAGGUCAAGAACUGUAUUCAAGGAUUAAAUCUAGUGCAGGCUAAAAAACUAGUGGAGGCCCUUCCUCAGGAAAUCCGAGCCAAUGUAUCCAAAGAGGAGGCAGAGAAACUGAAAGCUGCCCUGGAGGCAGCAGGUGGCACUGUGGUGCUAGAGUAA